AUGUUUGGUGCCCUCUCCACGGUUACGGCUGAUCGUGGUGUCCAAUUUGAGUCCGCACUCUUCCAAACGCCCCUUAAUCUUCUCGACUGCACAAGCAUUGGGACGACAGCCUACCACCCAGCUGUCAACGGUAUGGUUGAGCGUUUCCAUAGUCAGUGCUCGCUUUCCCCGGUUCCGUCCCGAAUUCCAACGACCGAGUCUUAUUUCGAAAAAGGCUUAGACAAAUGCACUCAUAUGUUCGUUCGAUGUGACCGGGUGCGCCAGCCGCUGGAAUCACCAUACGAAGGACAGUUCCGUGUGCUCGCAAGCAACGUCAUGACCUGCCGGAUCCUUCGCGGUGAGAAGAAGGAUGUGGUCAGUGUCGAAUGGGUCAAGGCUGCUCUCAGAGGAGCCGUCGAACCCACCUCAAUGACAAAACUGUUCUGA